AUGCCUGCUUGCAAUUGUGACGAGCAAGCGCCAUGCUGCCAUAACUGCAAAUACCGGCAAACACAAUGCAGCUUUCAGACAUUCUCAGUGAACUCUCCUGCUACAGACAGAUGGGCUCAGAAACCUGGAAAAAGGGCUGUGAAACCACUACCUUCUGCCAAACUGCUUCCAGUAUACGCGGCCAAAGAGCAAGACAACUAUUUACCUCUAGAUGGGGCGUAUCAGCAAGAAUUAAACGUUAGAUCUACUUCAUUUGCUUCUCCUGAGAGCACCAUCUCACCGCCAACGGAAGGAGUAACAUGUUCCUUUACAGCUAUACCACGGUCAUUGACUUGCGUGCCAAACUUGAUUCCAGAAGAACAUGAGCUAAUGCAUCAUUAUUCUACAACCGUCUUUGCAUCACUAGCAGACUACGAGGUGUAUCGGCCAAUAUGGCAGGUAAUUGUGCCACGAGAAAUGCAGUCCGUUAAUUUCUUAAAGCACGGAGUUCUGGCAAUAUCGGCCCUACAUAUCCAUUAUCUACGUUUCAGAGCAACGAAGCAACCGGAAUUGAACCCACUGGAGCUCGAGCAUAAGGACCUAGCUCAGAAACAUUAUCAAACAGCAGUUAUGGAAUUCGGGUCUCUUUUUCCAGAAGAUAUUAUGUCGAACACUAGUGCGGUAUUUGCAUUUUCUCAUUUGACUAUAUUCUUUGCUUUUGGUUCUUCCCAUCUAUCCGGACAUGGAGGCACGAUGUCCGAUGCCAUAGACGAUUUACUUAGUUUAUUUGCCUUGACCAGGAAGGCUAUGGCGUUCUUGAGAAUGAAAUGGGAUUUACUCCAAAAAGGAGAUAUGGGAAUACUUCUCCAACGUGGCCCCCAGAUUACGGAUAGAAAUUACCUACCGACAGACGUUAUUACAGCGCUCGAACUGGUAGAAGAGCUAUGUCAUAGGUGGACGCCCACUCAGGAGAACCCGGAAGAUCCUACAUGCCAGAACCAGAUAAACGAAGACGGUCACGAUACCAAAAAUGCAUAUCACCGUGCAAUUAGUCAAUUAUGGGACUGCUUCGUUAUGUUGGAAACUAAACGGAAGGACUGGGGUAUGGCCCUCCGAUUCCCUAUGAUAUUUCCCGACACUCUUUUUUCAUGUUUCAGAGCCCGGGAGCCGCUGGCAAUGGUGAUUCUUGCGCAUUACUGUGUGUUGUUGCGCAGAGCACCUGUGCGAUGGUGGGCCGAUGGUUGGAGUAUACAAGUCAUCCAAGCUAUAUUUCGGGAUCUGCCUCGGAACUGGCGAUAUGCUGUCUCAUGGCCAAUGAGCGUAUCCGGGCUUUCGCCUACGGAUAUACAAAGAAAGGCUCAGGUUUCUGAUUAA